CUGUGUGUUAGUCGGCACAGCGCACGCGGUCUUUCGAAAUGGUAUUUAUAGAGAAGUAAGUCGCUGGCUACCAGCGACAACGGUAGUCAUUGCUCUUGAUCUCAAACAAGCCGAAUACACGUAGCUAACUAAUCGGGUGACCAGUAAUAGUUUCGACGAAAAGUAGAUUCUAUUAUUCCCGAAAGUCGAAACUUGCAUUUCGUCAUCGACACGAAUACUAUAAUAAGAAGAUAUGGGUGCAGCCAAUACUAGUAAUAUUUUGCCAUCUUCUUCUUCUUCGUCGUCGGUUCCUACGAGAACAAGGAACAUUGAAAAUCCAAUCGAAGUUAACUUCGUCGAGGAUACUACUUUUCAUUGCGUCGACGGUGUCAAUGAAGAUCCAGUGAGAACUACUGGUUACAACAUUGCUGGGGAACCACGUGCACAGAUGACUUAUGCAACACGCACGACCGAUUGGAGAACAGUUGGAGAACCUAACAAUUCUUCGUUGAGGUUGCAACAUCGUGAAAAUAUGGAGCUUUCGCAGAUCAUUUUACAAUUAGCUAAAGCUAAUCAACAAUUGGCUAAUGCUCAUACAACGGCCUUGGCACAGUUGGAGGGACUCUAUCUAGAAUUACAAAGGGAAAAAAGUUCACAGAAAAUCAUUUCUAAUAAUAACGAAUUAACUCCGUCUAAUAUCGCUUCAAGGAAAAGACUGACCGGUCAGGAAUUGAAAGGAGAAUCGAAUGAAGAGGAAGAAGAUUUAAGAAGAAAGCUUGAACGUCGAAUCGAUAGACUCGAAAGUUUUGUAUCCGAUAGAUCUAAUUGUUUGCGAGAGGAACAAAGAAAUAUCUUUCAGGACAGAGUACCUCACAGAGUAGAAUUAGACAAAUCUAAUGAAUCAUCUACGGAACAAUCGUUUUCACGAAUUAAUCGACAUUAUAGGGAAUACAUGGCGAAUUCUCAAGAAGGAGAUACCACCAUCGUUAGAAAUAAUGAAAAUAGAGGAGUGACGGAAACAACAAGAUCGUCUUCCAGCAUGAAUUCGGAUAAAAUUAUUGAAAGGAGAACGAGAUCUUACGACAGGCACGAUCAAGAGCACGUCGAUAGAUUUACCAAUGAUGAAAUAUUACAAUUGUUCGAAGAAAUACGUGCACUGAAAGCUGACAAAAUCGAAUAUCAAAAUACGAACGAAAGAUUAAAUGCUAAUAUCGCCGAACAAAAGAUAUAUAUCGAAAAGUUAUGUAAGGAUUACGAGAUCUUGAAAGAGCAAUGUGGAAAUUUAGAACGCAGCUUGAACGAACGUAAAAAACAGCAUGAGAGGCUUCUAAAUGACUUCGAUUUAUCUAAAAACGAAAUGGAGAACAUGUUGAAGGAAAUUACCUCGUUUCAGUUAGAAAAAGAUAUUGCCGAAGCUCGGAUAAAAAGUUUAGAAGGUGAUUUGAAAAGGGUUAUUAUAGAGAAGGAACAGAUUAAGGAUAUCGAGAAUGAGAAGGUAUUGAUGUUGAACGCACAGUUGGCUGAGGAAAUGUCUGAUAAAAAGAAACAUAUGAAGAUUUUGGAUGAUGCACUGAAUGAGAUUCAAAGACUGAGGGAAGCUAUGAAGACUGAUACGAAAACUAACGAGGAGACUGUAACUAAAGAUGAUAUUGACUGUACGCAAUCAACGGAUAAUAUAUCAGAAGGUUCUACUACAGCAGAUCGUGCGAUCGGUGGUUUGGAUUUAUUUAAAAAAGAAUUAAUAUUGAAGAGAGAAGCAAGACAAAGAGCUAUUGCUGCGGUAUCGUCGGAAAUGGAAAGGCUUAGGCAAGAAUUAGAAGCAGAAAAAGAAGCUCAUUCCGAAACAUCCAGAGUACUUGAUCUCUUGAGAUCUACUCAAGCUGGUAAUCAAAAUGACAAUAGUAUGAUAUCCGAUAGAAAUGGUAAAAGAUCUAAAUCUAUCGACGAAGAUUCGGAUGAUAACGAAAUGUUGAUUAGACGUAUCGAGGUACAACGUCUCAGUAGUAUAUUAAAGGUCUCUGACGAAUUACGAAACAAUAUUCGUUUUCAAAUCGAAAAGGUGGAUGAUCUACGAUAUCAACUCGAAAGUGAACCAGAACAGCACCGAUACAUAAUACGUUGUUUGAACGACGUUACGAAUAAAACGAGAGAUACAUUGAAUACCCGCGAACACCGUGCCAACGAAUUAAAAGAUUAUCUCGCACGUAAUCUUGCACGAUUAAGUGACAGAAGCUUUUUGGAUUAUAAAGACGACGUUAGCGCCGAAUGUGAACGCCAAUUGGAAAGUAUAAACAGUUUGAAGAGUUUGUAUAACGAAAGAUUAAGAGUAUUAACCGAACUGAAGGAUGCUGCUAUCAAAGAGCUCAUUGACGUCAAGGAAAACCUGAAACAUUCGUCGAAGGAGUGCGAAGGUUUGGAGGAAGAUCUCAGAAAAGCUGAAGAGAAGAUCGAUGCGCAAGAUACGGAGAUCUCGAAUCUGGAGUCUCAAUUGGGUUUGACCAAAGCAGACUGUAGAGAUCUACAAAAUCAAAUGUCCCUGAUCAACAGCUUGUUCACUCAAAUGCUUUUGGGAGCUUCUUCGGCCGACAUGGAUCUUGAUAGAUUGUCACAGUUAUUGCAGGAAAAUCGUGAUCUCAUAACCGACAUAGCGAGGGACAAUGGCACCGAAGCUGCUGCACUUCCAAAACUCUUGCUAGAUCUGGUGGAACAAGUCGAUGGUAAUAAGGGAUUACAAAAACGAAACGAGGAUGAUCAGCAGCACGAAGAAAUUGCUCACAACUUACCAAAGGUAUGGCGCGUUUUGUUGGAGUUAUUAAGUUGUCACGCUGCUGCCUCGCAAAAUGCUUCGGCAACGUCUUCCUCCGAUUCCAACAGUUGUUACAAAUCUGUAGACACGCCAAGUGGUCCGAAAUUGGUGAUAUCGGUUAGCAAGACUUAUAUUCACUUGAAGGAAUUAAUCCUGGAAAAGAAACAUUUGGAAAAAGAAAUGAAUCGAAUGAAGCAAUUGAACACACAUUUGGAAAGUAAACUCGGCGAACAGGAAAAGAGACUAUCAGACGUGACCGCCGAAUUAAGCAAAACGUGGAACAUCGUUGGCCGAAUGCAAGCUCAGCAUCAACAAUUGCAUACGCACGAGAAAAUCCUUAGAUACGAAUUACAACAAAAACGUAAGAUGUUGCAAGAAUUGAAAUUAGAAUUGGAAUACUGCAGAGAAAAGUGGGAAUCGGCCAGACAGAAAAAUACUAAUACCGAAUUAGAAUGGCGUAGUUUACGACGUGAAUUUGCGGCAAGGAAAAUGCUUUCUGUGCAUGAUUCUGUCAAUAACAGUGCCGAGAGUGGCUUCAGCGAUGAACGUGGCGACGAUACCGACGAAGAAGAUGAAACUGUUGAAGAGAGAGUCCGAAUGGGCCUAACUAGAAGGACUAGAAAGGAAAAUCCCAAAACUUCGACAAUGCCGAACGUAGAGUUAGAACAAUCUGCUAAUAAUAUCGAAUUGCAAGAAGACAAUUCUUCCAUUGUUUCAACGAUUCAAGUACCUGUAUCAAAACAAGAGACUGAAUUAGAUGAAGUUAAGAUUUUGGAUACGGUGUCAUCGAUGGAACCUACAAGUAGUCAAGAAUCUGAUCUCGCGUCAGAAGUUUUGCAACAAUCUUUAGAUCCCUUGGAUCAAGCCUUGACCACUGUAAUACGAAAUCUUAUAAGAAUUGACGAUGACGGAGAAUCGAGUAGCGACGAAUUUAAUUCCAGAGAAAAUAUUACAUUGCCUUUUAUGCGUUAUGUUGAUAACGUAACGUCUCAAGAUAAUCAACAGGAUCAUAACGAUGAUCUAUCGAUCCAGACGGAAUGUCCUAGUAGUAACGAAACGAAAGAGAGUAUAGAUAUUCAAUCGUGUUAUUCUACAUCUGAUACAAAUAUAUUGGAUAUCUCUAACGAUACCAAUGAUAACGAGGAAAUAUCAAGGUUAGACUUAGACGUAUCAGAUAAUCAAAAAGAUUUUAAAUCUGAAAACGAUGAAUCUGUAAUAAUCGAAAAUGUAUCUAACAAUGAUACUACGUUAACUGCGUCUAGUCCAACGCCAAUAUUUUCCAUUGGACCGUUUCCUUUAACGAGAAAUAUCAAUUCACCUAAUCAAUUAUUUACACCGAUUUUAAACGUUACGAAUGAAAUUAAUUCGACGAGAGAUAAUAUAAACGAAGAUGAACCGUCAGAAUUGAGAACAAAUAUUAACGAUAAUGAUGACAAAUCAACGUUGAAUUUGGAUUCGAAAGAUUGCAAUGAAGAGUCUUUGGCUGGAGGUUCUAAGAAUAUGGAAAGAGAAUCGAAAUCAAAAUCGGAUUUAACUAACACACCUGAACAAGUUUUGACAGCACGAGCUGACAGAUUAAAACGUUUGGAAGAACAAGCCGAAUGGUUGAUGAAAAAGAUGAAUGCUACUAGUAGAAGAGGUUCUGCUCUUAGCACGAGGUUGGAAGCACUUCAUGAAACUUAUGGUGAACCAUCGGCUCCAGUUCCAGACGUCCUGCAAAAUCGAAAUUUAAGAUCAACUGCUUCGUCCAACCUCGCUCAAGCAACCACAUCAUCCUAUACUGAAGAUAAUAAAAAUGUCCAAAUAUCAAGAGAAGAUAAAGAUACUGACGCAUCAGCUGAUAAUAAUGAAUCAUAAUAGAUCCUGCA